AUGACGGAUACCAGAAAUCUGGACACCAUACCAUAUGAUGUGUUCUAUCAAAUUGCAUCCAAACUCGACUGCCAUGAUUUCAUCCAUCUCAGUCGAGUCAAUCGCAACUUGAACUCCCUAACCCAGAAUGAGUCGAUUGCCAGGAAAACUUUGGAGAACGGCUUACUGCAUACGAAGGAAGGGCAGAAAGCCAACAAAGCCAAAUCCGGUUAUCGAAAGGCCGUUGGGCAUCUAUUUGAUAUCAAAGAAUCCUUCGCCACGGCCCAACCCUACUCGGCUGCAGUUUUGGGCUACGGGUCCGCUUUUCUGUACAACGGGGGCUCGUUGUGCUAUGUCCACGAUGGCGAAAUCCGCGUCUUGGACGUCCAUGCAUCGGGGAAGGUAGAGCAGGUGUUGAAUAUUUACAAUAUCAUCUCCCGUGCUAUUCCUGGCUGUGCGCCGGGCGAGGAUGUUACACAGCUUUCUCUCAUGCACUACUCUGACGGCAUCCUAGCUUUUAUGGUUGAGAUCGUGGACAGGUCAGAAGCAUGGCUGCUUGCGAUGGACUUGAGGAGACGAACGGGUAACGUAAAGGGUGGCAGGCUGCGACUUCGUACACAGCUGGAUUCAACCAGACGGUUGUUUGUCCGCCACAGCCGAUCGUAUCUCUACUACGGGACUCACUCUUCGCUGGGCUAUCAUGGCUAUCCGCAGUGGGCGAUUAACUGUGUGGAUUUGCGGACGGGGCAGCAUACCACCGAGAAGCCUGUGGUGUUGGAAAACUUUGCCGGAAAUGAGAUUGGCCAGACGGUCUGCUUUGGCGUGCACCAGGAUCAUUUCUACGCGGUAUCGACACAGGUAAACUUUGAAGAAGAAGAAGUCGACUGGACAUCGUUCUAUCUCUGGAUUUGCCUACCGCCUGGUGGUGGGAAGAAUCGAUACCCCGAGCCAAAUCGCAUCUGGCGUCGACAGCACCGCGAGGGGCCGAUCAACGACACCUGGACAGACCUCACCCUCCGCCAUGACGAGGCAGCCGAACAACUCAUGGUGCUCGAGUGCCGGCGGGAAUGGCGGGAUGGCGGCAGUGAAAACUGUCGCACGUACUACAUGCAGGCGCUUCCUUCGCCGGGGGAAUCCAGCAAGGGCAAGGGCCGGCAAUGCCAUAGCGAGCCAAGCGCCAUGUACGCGCAGCUACCAGACGAACCGCUAACCAAAACGCUGGACUCGUCAAGUAAGCCCAACUACGAGCGGCCCAGGAAACGGCUGCGCAGACACUACCACCCGGAAUACCACCAGGGCGGCGAGCCGUCUCAGCGCCGGGAUUUCAUCCUCGCAAAGACCAAACAUCGCACCUACAACCUAUCCGCAUCGACCUUUGUUGAUCUGGUCAACGACCCCCGCCCGGACCCAGGGGGUCGAGUGCCACACGACCGGCUUCGUCUCCGAAUGGCGUCUCGAAAAAGGAAAUGCCCAAUCGACGAGCAGGGGGAGGAAGGGACGCAGGGGUUGCUGUAUCGGCCCGAAGUCGACGCUGAAGGACAAUCAACAGAGUGCAGCGAGGAACGGUUCGCGUCACGAGGGAUUCACCUCUGGCCACCAGACGAUGCGCCGCGUGAGCUGGACGAACUCCUGUGUCCGUCCAAACGAGCCGGAAAGGUACAGGCCGUCGCGGACGAGCGGUCCAUCAUCUACUCCGUGGACCAACCAGGGAUGAACGACGGCAAGCAAGCGAUCAUCAUGGUGAACUUCGACCCCUACAUCCGCCUCCCUGGCUUGAAACGUCUCCAUCCGGCCAAUCUGCAGGCCCAAAAGAGCGACGCCGGCAUCGGCAUCGAACGGCCUCAGAUAGGCGAUUCCACCCCAGCACGAGAACACCACUCGAUUCCACUUCACACCACCAUCGGAAUAAAACCCACGAACCAGACGGUGCCAUCUGUCCGGGAAGAAGCAGCCAUGUAUCUACGUAUCAAUCACGGAUACUGGCUUCGAUGA